GCUCCAGUGUCUUGUCUCUGCCGAGGAUGACCGCCAGGGGGCGCGGUUCGGCCGUCCAGGUGGCGUGGUGACGUCAGCCGGGCUUGAGGUGUCUCUCCCUGGAGCCUCGGAUCCGUCAGAGCUGCAGGAGGAGCGGAGCAGGAGCCACGGGACAGAGCAGCGGAGGACUAUGGACGUGUUUAUUUCCUGCGGAUGAUGUUUUCACUGCGCACGUAGAAGGUCCCUGCACCAUCUGAUCCCGUCUGCCUCCGAGGACAAGGGAACAAACGCCAAUCCCCUGAGAAAAGGAUUAAACCAGGAAUCUGUCACCUCACCUCACUCGAGUAGGUGUGAACCGCCGGCUGGAACCAUGGGCAACCAGCUGACCGACAUCGCCCCCAACACGCCGUUCCUGCCAAACUUCCAGUUGCUGCACGUGGUGGUGAUCGGCCUCGACUCGGCCGGCAAGACCUCCCUCCUCUACCGGCUCAAGCUGAAGGAGUUUGUGAAAACCAUCCCCACCAAGGGCUUCAACACGGAGAAGAUCAAGGUGGCGGUGGGGGUGUCACGGGCCAUCAACUUCCAGGUGUGGGAUGUGGGCGGGCAGGACAAGCUGCGCCCGCUCUGGAAGUCUUACACCCGGCGAACGGACGGGAUCGUAUUCGUGGUGGACUCCACCGAGCAGGAGCGCAUGGAGGAGGCCAAAGUGGAGCUCCACAAGAUCACCCGCACCUCGGAGAACCAGGGGGUCCCCGUGCUCAUCCUGGCCAACAAGCAGGACCUGGAUUCGGCCUUGUGCGUCAGCGAGGUGGAGAAGCUGCUCUCCGUCCACGAACUGAGCAUGUACACGCUGCACCACGUGCAGAGCUGCAGCGCCGUGAACGGCCACGGGCUCCAGCCGGGCCUGGAGAAACUGUACGAGAUGAUCCUGAAGAGGAAGAAGACGGUGAAGCACAACAGGAACAGGAAGAGAUGAACUCUGGACUCACACUGUGGACACUACCUGGAGAGAUUUAUCCUCUGCUGGGACACUUCCAGGCCUAAUGGUCCCUUUUAAUGGCCGAGCGAUUAGUGCCAACAAAACAACAAUUACCCACGGCCGGAGGGUCAGGAGAAAUGGACUCGCUCAUAAUAAUUGAAGCAGUAUCGACGUAUCUGUCGUUCUGGGACUGAGCAGCUGCUCUCGGAAAAGGUUAAGAUGCAGUUAAGAGCAUUUCUACACUUGUUUUAAAGAUUUCUAACCAACCUGUGAAGCGUAUAGAAGUAAUAUAUGAACACGUUAAAAUCCAUGUCACAUGUUAAGAGAAGUCUAGGAUGAAGUUUAAAAUGUCUUUCACAGAUUACCCCCCCACUGACCAGCUUGUUCCACGAUGUACGGACGCUUCCCAGAAUAUUUAUGCCACAUCUUUGUGUUUUGUGCUGGACAGAGGGACUUUUGUGGUGGAGCACCAAAUGAUAUUUUAUUGAAUUAAUCCUAAGUGCAUUCCCUUUAUGGCCACAGAGGUUAAGUUUCAUUUAUUAUAACAGUAGUAUUUAUACAAAUUGUACAAGACUUAAUAAAUCAAAACACUGCACAGAA